AUGGUCCGUCUGCUGUCUCUGUUAUGGGCCUUGGUGUCUAUAUGGGGACUUGGGACGUGCCAGGAAUCUUUCCUGAAAAAUGAAACAGACCUCAUUGAUUCCAUGGUGAACGAAUUAAUGAAAUGCAAGAGAAUUCCAGGACUAGGGAUAUCGAUGAUUCGAGAUAGGCAGUUUUUUGCUAAAGGAUAUGGAUACGCCCGUCUUGAUCCGCCCGUCAACUUUACGGAAACCACGCCGAUCUAUGUUGCGUCUCUGGGUAAAGCUUUCACCAGCGCAUUGAUCGGGAUAUUGAUAACAGAAUCACGAAACAAUAGUUUCAGUCGGAAUUGGGAUACAAAAUUGUCUACCAUAUUCAAAGACCUGAAUUUGACUGAGAACAUUCUUCAGUCUGAUUUGUCAAUCAAGGAUUUGUUGAGUCAUCGCACUGGGUUUAGUCCAGCAGAUGUAUACACGGGAGUCCCUAAAAUAGGUCGGGAUCGAUAUGUCAGGAGAUUAAAACACUUACCACAGUCUGCUUCUUUUCGUGACAAAUGGAUCUACAAUGACUUGCUAUAUGCCAUCGCCGGUCAUGUAGCGGAAGUUUGGACCGGCUCUAGCUAUGAACAAUUGGUUGGUACGAAACUUUUGCGAGCCCUCGGAAUGUUCCAGGCGGUAUGCGGGACCAAUAUCUACCCCAGCGAUGCACAGUCUACAUUCGCACUUCCGUACCAUUUAUCAGAUGGCAAACUACGUCAGGGCGAUGAACGAGUUUACCAGAUUGGCGAUGUUGGGCCAGCAGGAUGCAUCUCUGCCUCACCGCAAGAUUUAGCAAAAUGGAUCCGAUUUAUGGCCACGGGUGGAAAGACGGUGGAUGGAUACCAAUUAAUUCAUCCCGAUGUUUUCAAAGAAAUAUUAAAACCCCACAUGUACUUGGAUGACUGGUCCAUUGGUAGAUUUAAUCUUGACAAGGAUUAUCCUGUCCGUGCCUCGGGAACGUGGUAUGGUUAUGGAUGGUACGGCGGGUAUUACAGAGGUUAUAAAAAGAUGCUGCACCCUGGAAACUGGUACGGCUACAAUGCUGUGGCGGGGGUCUUCCCCGACCAAAAGGCAGGAUUUGUCAUCACAGUCAAUGGACCAUGGUAUAUGAACUAUCGUCAUAAUUUGGCGCAGUUGUCUUAUGUUCUUUCUGACAUUCUUCUUGGAGAAAAACAGUGGAUAGAUAACAGCACAAUCUGCAGCUUUCCCUCUCCUUGGAAGAGCACAAGUACCUGGAGUUCAAAUAACACACAGUCUAUUCGGUGGACCGUGGACGAUGUCAACCAGUACACUGGAGAUUAUGCUCAUCGCAUUUUUGGAAAUUUUAAAAUUCGAGAAAUAGAGUCACGGAAACUCGCGUUCCAAAUGAACUCUGCUGGCAUUGGUAACCUUAGUGUCCAUUCUCAAGCCGAGGCAAAGUUCGGCAUGAUGUUCAAUGAACUGAUGAGCGACAUCGCCGAGUCGACUUGUAGUUUGCAGUUUGUAGAGAAAGUGGGAGGAAAAUUUCAAAAAGUGAAAGUUUCCUGCUUCUACGCCAGUUAUGAGUACGACAGAGGAGUCGACUUUCUAGCCAUGGAGCCUACGGAUGCUGCGUCCGAGCUUGUUUUGGCGUGGUUCUUCCUACCCCUCUGUCUAUUGCGUAUUUUACUGUAAACAUUCUAAUGAUUCUCUAAAAUGCUCCAGAAUAAGCGUAUUUUACUGUAAAUAUUCUAAUGAUUCUCUAAAAUGCUCCAGAGUAAGCGUAUGUGAAUGAGUUGUUGUCUUGUAUACGUAAGAUGCGAUAUAACGGCAGGAAAGUUUAACAUUAUCUUUCUUCACUUAUAAUUUCAAUCGGUAGAGUAGAUUUUGCAAAAGAAAUUUUGAUGAAGAACUAUACAUGUGGUUGAAUUCCAGUGUGUUAGCGUUAUUUGUACCAGUGAAUUCCAGUGUAUUAGCGUUAUUUGUACCAUAGUUUGGUGUGUUUUCUUUUGUUAAAAGUGUGGGUUAUCUGUACAUAACCAUCAAUGUUAUAUGGGGUAACUGCUACGUAGUGACAGCUCCACCUCUGACUGUUUAACCUGGUUUCUCUUUAAUUACUAAAGUUCUAGAUUUAAAAUUUGUUGAUCUUAUAACUAC